AUGGAUCUUUUACGAGAAGGGGUUUGUCAGAAGAACGACUUUCUUGUAGAUACAUGGAAAGAGGACGCAUCUGAGUCCACACUGAGUCCACACACUGAGUCCACACUGAGUCCAUACAUCUCUAAUGGGUUGUUGGGGAAAAGAAAAGACGUGGUGCUGACCACAUCCGAUCACCACAUCAGAUCACCACAUCCGAUCACCACACCCGAUCACCACAUCCGAUCACCACACCCGAUCACCACACCCUAUCACCACAUCAGAUCACCACAUCCGAUCACCACACCCGAUCACCACAUCCGAUCACCACAUCCGAUCACCACAUCCGAUCACCACACCCGAUCACCACACCCGAUCACCACAUCAGAUCACCACAUCCGAUCUCCACAUCCGAUCACCACACUCGAUCACCACACCCGAUCACCACACCCGAUCACCACAUCCGAUCACCACACCCGAUCACCACAUCCGAUCACCACAUCCGAUCACCACAUCCGAUCACCACAUCCGAUCACCACACCCGAUCACCACAUCCGAUCACCACAUCCGAUCACCACAUCCGAUCACCACACCCGAUCACCACACCCGUUCACCACAUCCGAUCACCAUAUCCGAUCACCACAUCAUAUCACCAAACCCGAUCACCACACCCGAUCACAACACCCGAUCACCACACCCGAUCACAACACCCGAUCACAACACCCGAUCACCACACCCGAUCACCACACCCGAUCACAACACCCGAUCACAACACCCGAUCACCACACCCGAUCACCACACCCGAUCACAACACCCGAUCACCACAGAAACUGA